UUACCAGCUCUACAUAUACAGUAACAGAACGAGGAACGAAAGCUUGAACACGUUUUCCGUUCUUUCUCUUCGUACCUACACAGCAACCAUUAUCAAAUUUCUUUUCCACUAACAAAAAUGGCAAUUUUUGGCUCUGUUCCCGUUCUGAUCACCUUCUCCGUGCUUUCCUGCUUUCUAACUUCUCCACCACCACUCGUCUCCGCCACCGCAGCCGACAGAACUGAAUUAGCCACCCAAGUCUGCAAAAACACCACGAACUUCGCCUUCUGCCACGACGCCAUCUACUCCGACCCCCGCGCACCCGAUGCGGACCGCUAUGUUCUCUCUUACAUAGCCUUCGGCAAGGCGUACUCCAAUGCAACUGAUACCAAAGAUUACAUUGCCUCAAAGAUUAAAUCGGGCGGUGGAAAACCUGAGACAUUACUAGGUCUGAAGAAAUGCUUGGGUUAUUACGAAGAGGCGGUUCGGGUCCUGGCUGAGAUGCUGGGCAACUUGGAUUCGGAGACGUUUUCCGGGUUGGAUAAACUGUCGGUUGAGGCUGAAGGCUAUCCACGCGCUUGCGAGAAGCGGUUUGGAGGGCGCUCGCCCAUAACCACGAGGAAUGACAACUUGAUCGAGCUUGCCAAUAUUUGCUACGUUGUUGCUAAGCUCUACGAGUAUCAUUAACUAACCUUUCACUACUUUUUGCUGUGUUAUUUCCUUCUUAUUAUCAUAAUUCUUCUUUUUUUUGGGUGGUGAAAUUAAAAUUUCUUGAAUUUUGUAUAUUGCUUGUUGAAAUUUUGAGGGGUAUAUUUUCAUUUUAGAUGAACUUAUUAAGUUUGAAUUUCA